AACACUCGAGGGAUUCUGCAUCCGAUGUGGGCUUUAAAUACAGGCUCUUGACGUCAGCCCAUUCUAGUGGUGUCACUGACCUUCUGUUUCUGCCUUUCCUCUUCUUGACCCUGUGAUCCAUCGCCAACCUGUGCCCCACCCCCCCCCCCCCAUACUUAUAUCACUGGCACUGGACAUUCUCUCCAGACCAUGUCACCGCAAGAGCAGGUUCAAGGGCGUGAGCCGGCCCAACCUACGGGACUAUGGAAGAAUCAGCACCUCCUCAUUGAGCUGCUUCCCAAGGUCCCGCUUAUGCUGCGGGUAGCCGCCCUCCAUAUGCUGCGCCUUUCCCAGCAGUCGAAGUACCUCGAUCUGCGGACCGAGCUGAUCAUCGCGGUGAUACGGUCCUUCCUCAAUCCAUCGAAGCCCUUGAGCAUCACGUCGACGCAAAGAAUCACUUCCCAGAACCCGGAGAUCAAGGGCAAGAUCUGGAUCAGCACGUACGCCUGCCCGCCUCCCGCGGCAGACGAGAUGGGCCUGCAGGAUGCCCUUGCCGCGGCGGUUGACGGGCUGCGGGGCCCCAAGAUCCCUCAGGCGGCAUACCAGAUGUCGGAGCCGGCGACUGUCGAGGCCGAGUGGACGGGAUACCGCGCUGACGCCACCCCUGCGUCUCGCCUGCCCCCAGUCUCGGAGAGGGAGCUCUAUGCCGAGAUGAUGAAGGAGGUCAAGAGCCCCGUCACGGUGCUCUACUUCCAUGGCGGCGCCUAUUACCUGCUAGACCCAGCCACGUACCGCCCGACCACCAAGAAACUGGCCAAGCUGACGGGCGGGAGGGUAUACUCGGUCCGGUACCGCCUCGCACCGCAGCACCCGUUCCCCGCGGCGCUAAUGGACGCGCUGAUGUCCUACCUCGCACUCCUCUACCCGCCAGACGGCGCCUUCCACGAGCCGGUAAAGCCGGAACACAUCGUCUUCGCCGGCGACAGCGCGGGAGGCAAUCUCUCGCUCGCCCUGCUCCAACUAAUCCUCCACCUGAACCGACACAACCACCAGAUCCAAUGGCACGGCACCGCCCGCGCCAUCCCCCUCCCCGCAGGCGUCGCCGUCAACUCCCCCUGGAUGGACGUGACGCAAUCGUCCCCUUCGUACGAGACCAACGCGGCGUUUGACUACCUGCCCACGCCGGCGCAGAUCCUCUCCUCGGAGCGGCGCCGCCCGCCCUGCCCGGCGUGGCCCGCGAAUCCGCCACGCACCCACCUCUAUGUGGCGGACGCGUUGCUCGCGCAUCCGCUCGUCACGCUCCUGCUUGCCCCCAGCUGGGCCGGCGCGCCGCCCGUGUAUAUGUGUACCGGGUGGGAGUGUCUGGCGGACGAGGACCGGUACGUGGCGCGCAAGAUGUGGCGGGACGGCGUGCGGGUGGUGUUUGAGGAGUACGAGGCGAUGGCGCACUGCUUUGCCAUGGUCGUGCCGCAGAUUAAGGAGGCGAGGAGGUGUAUACAGGGCUGGGCGGGGUUUAUGAAGGAGGGGGAGAGUCGGUUUAUCACGGUAAAGGCUAGGACGUUGGAGGAGGUUGCUAUUGAUCCCAGGUCCGGGUUCACUAGUGGUGGUGUGUCGGAGGAGGAGGUCGUCGAGGCUAGGGUUUGGCAGACCAUUAGAGAGCGGACGGUGCCGGAAGAGGGGGUUGCAAAGCUGUGAUUCUAGUAGAUGUAUUACCUGAUACCCGAUGGGAUGAGGUCAUGAGAUGACCGGCGGGUGAUGAUAGAGUUUAACGGGAGUUCAAGUUUGGGAACGGUGGGUAGAGGCGCAUGAGUUUUUGAGAGGCUAACGUCGUACAUGUAAAUACAUGCAAACUUGGCUAUACUCAGUGUGAAUGAGAUCAUCUAGGGGCCCUGAAUCGUUCAACCUCAUUCAAUCAAGGGACGUGGUGAGUUGAGCCUCA